AUGACAGACCUGAAACUAACAUCACGCCGGUGUCCGCGCAUGCGCAUGCUUGUUGUUUUUGUCAAUGGUAGGACCACUACCGACAGCUCUCUCUAUCUCUAUCUUUCUCUCUUUCACUCUUUCACAUCCUUUCUAUCUCUUUCUUUCUCUCUCUCUCUCUCUCUCUCUCUCUCUCUCACUUCAGUUGCCUCAAGUAAAUUUGAUGCUAUCUAUCUAUCUAUCUAUCUAUUUCAGUCCCUGCUUUCUUUCUUCCUACUUUAUCUAUCUAUCUAUCUAUCUAUCUAUCUAUCUAUCGGAUCAUCCCUUAAUUUCUACGACCUGAUAUCUAUCUAUCUAUCUAUCUAUCUAUCUAUCUAUCUAUCUAUCUAUCAGAACUUAUGGGAUGACCUGAUAUCUAUCUCUUCCUCUCUUUCUCUAUCUUUCUUUCUUCCUUUCUAUCUAUCCCUCUCCAUUUCUUUCUUUCUAUCUAUAUAG